UGCCAUUUUACAAUUUGUACCAACUAUACUCAGGUAUAUUUAUUUUCCUAAUAAAUAUUAUCUACCUACUUGCAUUAAAAAGAACGGGGGAAACAUUUUCAAAUCAUGAGUUUGUUUUCGGCUUUAACGCUAACAACGGGUACAUUGUGCAGUUAUUUAAUGGCCACAAGAAAAAUUGCAUAUAGACAUGGCGAUUCAAAUAUGGUAAAUUUGAUUGGCCAUGUUAUCAAAAAUCGUGAAAGUGCAUCUAAAAUGUUUACGACUCUCAAAGAUUCACAUGGAAUGAUGUCAACUGAAGAGGCAUUCGAAUAUUUUUUAGACUGCGAUUUUACCAAAUAUGCAUAUGAGCAAACAGUGAAAAAGAACCCAUCAAGGUUUCCGAGCUACCAUGUAAUCAAGAGCAUGAAAAAAGUUUGCUCCCCUUUAGCCGAGUCAAUCGAAGAGUCACCAUCAAAAAUUCAGGUCAAAUUACAGGCACUCAUGAACCAUACAGCAGAAAGAAUCAUCAAGAUCAUUGAUGCGGAAAUCGUCCAACAAAUGAAUACCAACGAUUACACAGAGCUAGUGCUUUCAAGCAGCUGGGGUAUGGAUGGUUCUACAGGCUAUUCACAAUACCACCAAGCGCUAUCAAUGCCAAAUCAAAAGGAUGACAGUGACGUCUUUUCAGUGACGACAACUCCUAUACAACUUUAUUAUCAGAACAACAAGAAAAGCAUUUUGUGGCAUAACUUAACACCCCAAAGCAUUCGGUUCUGUAGGCCAAUUAUGUUGGAGUUUAUAAAAGAAUCUAAAGAGAUGGUACUUAACACCAAGAGAUAUAUUGAAAAUCAAAUAAGUGAGCUUGUCCCAGUAAAAAUCCAAUUAUCGAAUGACGAAUUUGUUUUGGUUGAUUUUAUUUUCGUUAUGAGUAUGAUCGACGGCAAAGUUCUUAAUUAUGUAACCGAUACUUCUUCCAUGUCCAACUGUCCAAUUUGUGGAGCUACUCCAAAUGUAAUGAGUGAUAUAAAGUAGCUUGAAGCAGGAUACGAAUCGAACGAAGACGCUCUUCAUUACGGCAUAUCUCCACUGCACGCUUGGAUGCGAUUUUUUUAGUGUUUAUUACAUAUUUCCUACAGGAUGGAAAUUAAAAAGUGGAAGAUC